AGCCCCGCCGGUGUUGGAGCAGCUCCCCGAGGGCUUGCAGCUCCUGGCUGCUCCUGGCCAGCUCCGGAGGGCUCCGGGGAGGAAUAGUUUUCCCAGCAUGAACUUUGAAGCAGAGAUUCUGACAACUCCACACGAUAAUUCAGAGCUCUACAUGAUCCCUUCCAUGAGAAGCCUCACAGCUGAGGAGUAUGUGGAGGCCUUCAAGUCAUUCUUGGAUCACUCAACAGAGCACCAGUGCAUGGAUGAGUUCAACAAGGAACAAAUGCCCAACAUCGUGGCUGGCCUUGGCACUGGAAAAUCGACCAUCAAUGUUCUGGGAGUUGGGAGUGGCACAGGUGAGCAGGAUUUGAAAAUGAUCAGGAUACUGCAGGCUGUGCACCCAGGGGUCUCUAUUGACAAUGAGAUUGUGGAGCCCAACCCACAGCACGUGGCAGCUUACAAAGAGCUGGUGAAUCAAGCUCCAGACCUGCAGAAUGUUUCUUUUAUUUGGCACCAGCUCACUUCCUUGGAGUAUGAACAGCAGGUGAAGGAGAAAGGCACACAUAAGAAAUUUGACUUCAUCCAUAUGAUCCAGAUGCUGUAUCGUGUAGAGGAUAUUCCCAAUACUAUCAAGUUUUUCCACAGCUGCCUCGACCAUCACGGUAAACUCCUGAUCAUAAUUUUAUCAGACAGCAGCGGAUGGGCCAGCCUGUGGAAGCGGCACCGGGACUGCCUGCCCGCCACCGACAGCGGCCACUACAUCACCUGCGGCGGCAUCACCGAGCUGCUGCGGCGCCUGGGCGUGCAGCACCGCGUCUACGAGCUGCCGUCGGGCUGGGACAUCACCGAGUGCUUCAGCGAGGGGGACGCGGUCGGUGGCCGCAUGCUGGAUUUCCUGACGGGCACAAAAAACUUCCAGGGCACGGCCCCGCCGGCGCUGCGGCGGCGGCUGCGGGAGGCGCUGCGCCAGCCCGAGUGCAGCAGCACCAGGGACGGCAGGGUCAUCUUCAGCAACAACCUCAGCAUGAUCGUCGUGGACUCCUAGAGCCCGGAGCCUGCCCGGAAUUGGGGUUUUUUUAAUGCGUCCUGUCUGUGCUUUCACCGGGACUUCCACUUUUCUGUGCAGCCAGCGUGUUUUACACACCUACAGAGCGGUCUGCACCACCUCUGCAGCUGGGAGGAUGUUAUAAAUAUGAAAUAGAAAAGUUAUAUGCUAUAAGAUUGGCUUUCCACAAAAUAAUUAAUGUUAUAUAUAUAUAUAUAUAUAUAUAUAGUUAAAGUGGUUUUGCUGUAGUUUUUAUUUUAACUAAAUUCAGGCAUAGUAGUGGAACAGCUAAUGGCUAUGAUUAGUUAUGAUGAGUUAUACAAAUUAUACUUGAACUGUCUGCCUGUCUGAGAUAACAGCCAGUGAACAUAUGAUGAGGACCCCACUGAUGACAGGCCAGUUAUCAACACCCAGCAUCUGUGGGGAGAAUGGACCAAGGCCCAAACUGAAGGCAAUAGUGAAGAUAGACAUGUGCUCUAAAAAGGGGAGUGGCCACGCAAAACAGUUCUUGGAAGAGUUUAAAAAUGCAUAAUUGUUUAUGAAUAUGCAGCAGGCUGAUGCAAUUGAAAUGGUAUAUAAAGGAAGUGUCCAAAACAGCAGGUGUGCUCUUGGCAGAAUGCCAAGCACCCGGCCAUUUUAUUGUCUUUGUCUCCUAUUGUCUUUUUUAUUAAACC